GUUAUAGCCUCUCCAAAAGUGCCUAAGGACACUAGUACUCAUUCAAAUGCUAUAAAAUGCAACACACAACCAUUUGUAAAAACCCUCUCUACUAUAUUCUCCUUGACUCUUUCUCUUUUACACCUUUCAAAUCUUCUCCAAACCAUUCCAUUUCUUGAUAGAGAAACUAUGUAUCAUCAAACUUCUAACCUCAAUUCAAAUCCUGAAUAUCUACUAGUUUCAAUCAAAGACACAAAAGAACCAAACAUCAACAACAUGAUGACCGAUCCACUUAUCCAAAAAAACACAAACAUAGAGAAUCCAUUUCCAUCUAUACAAAUCCAAAAAACCCAUCUUAGAGCUACCUUCAAAGAAGUUAUUUCUAUAUCCAAAAUUGCUUUUCCCAUGAUCUUCACCGGUCUCUUACUAUAUUGUCGUUCAAUGAUCUCCAUGCUCUUUCUAGGCCACCUCGGCGAACUCGCCUUAGCAGGCGGUUCGUUAGCGGUCGGCUUUGCUAACAUUACCGGUUACUCGAUCCUCUCCGGCCUCGCCGUUGGAAUGGAACCUAUCUGUGGACAAGCCUUUGGUGCCAAAAGGUUCACUCUUCUUGGUCUAUGCUUACAAAAAACCAUUCUCUUGUUACUCUUAACCUCUAUCCCCAUUUCAAUACUUUGGCUUUACACAAAACAUAUCCUUCUUUUAUGCGGCCAAGAAGAAUCUAUAGCAACACAAGCUCAAUCAUAUCUUCUAUAUUCCAUUCCCGAUCUCUUAGCACAAUCUUUCUUACACCCUUUAAGAAUCUACCUUAGAAGCCAAUCCAUUACUCUACCUCUAACCCUUUGUGCUACUCUAGCAAUUUUUCUUCACAUUCCUAUAAACUACUUUCUUGUUUCUCACCUCAACAUGGGAAUCAAAGGUGUUGCCUUAAGUGGGGUAUGGACAAAUUUCAACCUUGUUGCUUCUUUGAUUCUCUACAUAGUUUUCUCUGGCACACACAAGAAAACAUGGGGUGGUUUCUCAUCACAAUGUUUCAAACAAUGGAAAUCACUUCUCAAUCUAGCUAUACCAAGUUGUCUUUCGGUUUGUCUCGAAUGGUGGUGGUACGAAAUCAUGAUUUUGUUAUGUGGUUUGUUGAUAAAUCCAAGAGCAACCGUUGCUUCUAUGGGAAUCUUGAUUCAAACCACUUCAUUACUUUACAUUUUCCCAUCAUCAAUAAGUUUUAGUGUCUCCACUAGAGUUGGUAACAAACUAGGAGCUCAAAAGCCAUCGAAAGCGAAACUUUCCGCCAUAGUAGGACUGUCAUGUAGCUUCAUUCUAGGACUAUUUGCUUUGGUGUUUUCCACAAUGGUUAGAAACAUUUGGGCUAGCAUGUUCACUCAAGACAAAGAGAUCAUCAAAAUCACAUCUUUGGUUUUACCCUUAAUAGGGCUAUGUGAGCUUGGAAAUUGUCCUCAAACAACAGGCUGUGGGGUGCUAAGAGGAACAGCAAGACCUAAAGUAGGUGCAAAUAUCAAUUUUGGUUCUUUUUACAUUGUUGGAAUGCCUGUGGCAAUUUGGUUAGCUUUUUAUGUUGGGUUUGAUUUUCAAGGACUGUGGCUUGGGUUGCUUGUGGCUCAAGGUACAUGUGCUGUGACUAUGUUGGUGGUUUUGAGUCAAACGGAUUGGGAUUGUGAAGCACUAAGAGCUAAGAAAUUAACUGGAUUAGGAUCAGCAAGUGAUGUUAAUGUUGUUGAUGACAGCAAAGAAGUUGAAGCUGAGAAGUUACUUAAAGCUGAAAUUAAGGAAGAUUCUUCUUAAUCAUUAGCUGACUCGGAUUAUUAAGAUAAUUAAUCAAGGGUCUAACUUUGAUUAACACGUUUUUUUUGUAACAAAAAAAACAAGAAUUGUUUUUUAUUAGGAAUUUUUCUUUGUUGUAAGAGGAACAGAGGUAGAGAGAGAGAGAGAAAUAGGAUGACAUUUUCUAUUUUUGUAUAACUUUAGAUCAAAAGUGUGGAAUGUGGAUGAAAGAAUUUUUAACUA